CAAAAGUACGUAAUACUUAUAUCUUUCCCAAUUCGAGGUCAAUCUGAUCGUAUUGAGAAACCCUCCAAGCUUAAGCCAUGUUUCUUACCGAUUGGUUUUUAUCGAAUUCUUGGUUCCCUCGGUCCGUGGCAGAAGGAAGCGAAGAUCUUGCUUCUGGUUGGAGAUUCUGCAAAGAUCGCCUUGCUUUCUACGUUGAGAGAUGAGAUCAUGUGUUCGAUGAAACCUGCUCAAAUGCUCAAGUUUACGAGCUUCUUACCAGGUAUUUAAUUCAUGCCGCGGUUGAAGGGGUUCAAUGGUAUUCUUCUUUUCCCCACAUCGUCCAAAUUUGUUCAAUCACUAAGAUUUUGCUUUAAGCCUUUAGGUUCUCUUUGUAUUUCGUUUGGAUCUGGGAAAGCAUCAUAGGCUGUUUCUAAGAUAUCUGAGAAAUUAAAAUGUUUGAUUUGAAUUUCGUAACCUUAAAACAUUUUCCUUUUGGUUGGAUUUUUUCGACUUUGUUGGAAGACUUGCUAGUUUGGGUGCGAGAAUUGAUUGAUUU